AUGGCUGCGGAGAAGAAGCCAAAGCAAAAGUCAUUGACAUCUUUCUUUGGCGGAGGCAAGAAGGAGAACGACGCGACCGCAAGUUCGGACGUCGACAUGGACGACGACGACGACGAGCCAAAGCCAAAGCCAAAGCCGAAACCGGAACCCAAGGCGAAGGGUAAGGCGAAAGCUAAAGCUCCUGCGAAGGAGGCCGAGGCGAGCUCCGACUACGAGAUGGACGACGGCGACGAUGAGGAGGUUGAAGAGGUCAAGCCCAAAACCAAGGCGAAAGGCAAGAAGCCUGCCGCUGCUGCUGAUGCCGACGGCGAGGGUGUGGCGACGGGCAGGAACUACGUCGCACCGGAAGAGUCGAACCUCCCGCCACUGUCGGCACUAGCCGAUAUAUUCGCGGAUAUGGUCGGACGGCUUGAAGACGUUUCGGACGGCAAGAUCAAGGACGUCGUGCAACAUAUCAGCGGACGCGAACUCCGUGUGGCAACUAUGUGCUCUGGGACCGAGUCGCCCUUGCUAGCGUUGAGGAUGAUCACGCGAGCUAUGAAGGACCGCUGGGGGCUCGACUUCAACAUCGACCACGUCUUUUCCUGCGAGAUUGUGCCGUUCAAGCAGGCGUAUAUCGAGCGUAACUUCCAUCCUCGCCUGCUCUUCCGUGACGUCUGCGAGCUCGGCGGAACUCAUGCCCACACGGCAUACGGUUCACUAGCUGCUGUCCCCGGCAACGUCGACAUGCUCGUCGCCGGCACAUCCUGUGUCGACUACUCCAACCUCAAUAACGAGAAGAAAGAAAUCGACCAGGGCGGCGAGUCCGGCCGCACCUUCCACGGCAUGCUCUCCUGGGUGCAGAACCACCGUCCGCCCAUCGUCAUUCUCGAGAACGUCCUCUCCGCUCCAUGGCCGGCGAUCAAGACCAAGAUGGAGAGCAUCGGGUACAGCGCUAUGCACCGCAACCUCGACACGAAGCAGUUCUACAUCCCCCAUACGCGUAAUCGUGGGUACCUCGUCGCCGUCGACCGUGCGCGGAGCCCGAUACCGCAGAAAUGGCGCGACUGGAUGGGCCAGAUGCAGAGGCCUGCGAGUGUCCCGCUCGACGCGUUCUUGUUGCAGAGCGACGACCCGCGUAUUCAGCGCGAGCGUGAGAAGCUCGUACAGGAGAGCUACAACUCGGAGACCAAGAGGACCGGGCGCACGGAUUGGAUGAAGUGCGAGUCGCGGCAUCAGCGCGCGAGGUUGGAGGAGGGUCUUGGUACGAAGCGUCCGUUGACGAACUGGGGAGAAGGCCACAUCACGAGGAUGCCCGACUUCGGCUGGACAGACUGGGGCAAAGCCCAAGUCGAGCGCGUGUGGGAUCUCCUCGACAUCUCCCUCUUGCGCUCCGCGAAACUCGGCGUCGACCCAGCUUUUAAAUCCCAAGUAUGGAACCUAUCACAGAACGUCGACCGCUCGACCGGUUCGUCCAAAGUCGGCAUCUCACCGUGUUUGACGCCGGCUAUGAUCCCUUACAUCACCAAUCGCGGUGGUCCGAUGGUUGGGCUUGAGGCGCUGCAUUUCCAGGGACUGCCGAUUGAUGAGUUGUUGUUGACUCGCGAGACGGAGGAUCAGGAGGCGGAUUUGGCGGGCAAUGCGAUGAGUACCACCGUCGUGGGCGCUAGCAUGCUUGUUGCGCUCGCGCUUUCCCAAGACCUUUUGCGCGCCGGGAACUCUCAGUCGUACGAGGCGCAGAAGAACCUGGACACCAUCGAGGAGGCUGAGGAAGUCGAGGGUGAGAUGAAGCUCGCCAAGGAGGAGACUAAGGUUGAGGAACAUAUCGGAGGGUUCGACCAACUCGUCGAGAACGCGCUGGACUUGACGAAUGUCGUGGACGUACCGCUCUCUAAACUUCUCAGUGAGGCGGAACAGAGCGUUCGGUUGUGCGCUUGCGAAGGUCGUAAGGACAUCACGACCGUCGAAGUGCGACGAUGCGCGGAUUGCGGCACAACGGCUUGUGCGGCUUGCGGUGGACGACCUGAGCACAACUACGAGCCCAUUGACGUCGUUGCCCACCCGCGUUCUUUCCCGUCCGGCUUCGCUCGCCAAUUGAAGUCCACACUGCCUAUGGCGCUCAAGUUUAACAACCUUGACGAGCCCGUUCUCGAUCGUCUUCGCUCUGAACUGGACGUCGAGAUUGCCGAUGACCGAUGGGACGACUGGCGUGACUGCGUUUUGGCGGCUGUUACCUCCGAGCUCCGCUUCGUCGAGCUCAAACGCCAGGCGCACUGGGCGGCUUUGUACGAGUCCGACCACGCCCGUCUCGAGCUCACGCUCCACCCUACGCGCCCAACCUGGCUCCUCUUCGCAAAACCAGCCCAAUCAUACCCCGCGAACGCUGAGAUCCGCAAAACGCUCCUACUACCCGUCGCACGCUUCCGCUGCUCCGGCGCGUUAUUCGAGGGCAAAUGGGAGGUCGCGUUGCCAGCUGUGAGCGAAGUCGAGGUGCAAAUCGAAGGCACAGGCGAGCUGGUGAUGAGCUGGGAGGCGAGGCUGGGUCUACAGAAGGAUACCCGUAAGGAGCAUCAGAACGAGCCAGACUACAGAGAGAAACAAGUCUGGUCCGCGCUCAAGAUCACCGCUCCUGCGUCCGCAUCGCUCUUCGAUCGCCCGAUAUCCGGCACCUACACCUUGUUAGACAAGUGCGGUACCGCUAACGCUGCGUUGCACCGGAAGGAGGGAGAAGACGACGUGCCACUGUUCUUUUUCUUGGACCCGAGUCGGUGUGGGAAUGCGGCGCUGGACCCGUUCGUGUUCGCGGAGGGACAUAGGCGGUACGAGUAUGGGGAGGGACGGCCGGUUGUUGCGAGGCUUGCGCCGUCAUGGAGGCAGAGUAGUGUGGAGGGGCCCGUGGGCAUCAAGUGCACGGUGCCGCAGAUCUAUGUGCCUGCUCCGGACGUGUCGGUUUCGCCACCCGUCAAAGGCGCAGCAACAGUCUCCGCGCCGAAGGACGAAUUCACCAUCUCCGCCUCUGAAGGUGCCUGCGCGACCGCCUCCGCCCUCCUCGUCGUCAAAGUCCCUCUCAACCAGUCCGCCGCCGGCGAAGAAUGGCCCCGCGGCGUCCUGCAUGAGCUCGCACACACCGAAGAGCGCGCGACCUUCCGCCGCGUCGCCUGGCUCACCGAGCGCGUCAAAGUCGUCCACGACGGAUUCGGCUCUUGGCACGAUAUCGACGCUCCCUGUUCGAGUCAAGAAUGCGAACGGUGCGCGCCGAAGGCUCCGAGUAUCGGGUGGAUCAAGAUCAAGAAUAAGGUUCAUCCGAUUGAGAAUAGUACCCAAGCGGGGGAGUAUGAGAGGAGGUUGAAGGCGAGGCCGGCGCCGUUCGUCACGCAGCUUAUGCUCGACGACGAAAGCCAGACCGGUGUGCUCAGGCUCGGCGUGAACUUCACGUCGCUCAUGCAUCGCGCUGCUGCACGUCUCCCGCCUCGGGCGGAUACGAGAGAGCUCAAGCUCUCGUGGCGUCUCGACACAGACUUCUUACCGCUCGGCAAGCUCCCGCCGCACAAGUUCACGCUGCUGUCGAAUAGACCAGACCCGGAACACGCGCAACCGCCCAGCUUCAAGAAGUACCCUCUGCGCAAGGAACAGCUGCGCUCGCUCAGUUGGAUGCUGGCCCAGGAGAAGCGCGACUGCGAGCCCUUCAUUGAGGAGGAGAUCAGCGAAGCCAUCCUAGAGCCUCUAGGCUGGCGCGCCGAAGGCCGCGCUCAACGGCCCAUCCGCGUUCUGGGCGGUGUACUCGCAGACGAAGUCGGGUACGGCAAGACGGCCAUUUCUCUGGGUCUCAUCGACUGCGCGAGGAAGAAGGUCCGGGAGGAGGUCGACGAGGCGGAGGAGAUGAAGGGCAAGAUCCGCGUCAAGGCUACGCUCGUCGUUGUCCCGCCGCAUUUGACACUGCAGUGGGAGAGCGAGAUCAAGAAGUUCGUUUCCGAGAAGGCCGGGUACCGUGUCGUGCGCAUCACCACCGCUACCGACCUCAACAAGUUGUCGAUUGAAGCUACGAUGGAGGACGAUAUCGUCAUCGUCGCGUCUAACAUCUUCAAGUCAAGCGUGUAUCUUGAGAAUGUGGAGGCGCUGGGUGGUGGGGCGAAGUUGCCGAAUGGCCAGGGACGUUUCUUCAAUGCGCGCCUGGACACGGUUCUAGAAGGGUUGGCGGGUCAGGUCGAUAGGUUGAGGAACGAGGGCAGUGCGGCGGUUAUGGAGGCUAUUCAUGCUGGGCGUAAAGCUUCGGACGAGGCUGAAGAGGCCAUGAAGCCCUCCAAGCGCCUUCGCGGUAUCCACCCCGACGUCAACCAGAAGACCAACGGUGCCGCGCCUGCGAAGGCUAACGGCUCGGCCUCCACCUCCAAGAAGCUUGCUGUCAAGACCAAGGACAUCUCUUCGGCCAGCUCAUCCAAGACCCCUUCCCCAACCACCGGCGAGAAGCGCAAGCACCGUGACAUGUACGUCGAAGCGCGCUCGCCCGUCGCAUUCUCGGAAGCCAACACGCCUAUCCCGAGCUCUCGUGCUACGACGCCUGCGCCUUCGGGUACGGACGCUACGGAAGGCGAGGAUGACGACGAUCUGGACCUCGACUUGCCUAUUCGUCCCAAGCGCCGUACGGCGGCGAAGAAGGUUACCGUCAUCGACUCGGACUCGGAGGUCGACGAGGCGCCUACCAAGAAGCGCCGCUUGACGAAGGCGGGUGCGAGCAAGGCCAGUCGCUCUGCGUCGCCGGACUUCGUACCUUCGGACGCUGAGGAGGAGCAAGACGAGGAGGAAGAAGAUGACGUCGAGUUCGUCGCCUCAGAUAGCGAAGAGGAGAAGCCGAAGAGGGGCAAGGCGAAGCCGAAGGGCAAGGUCGCUGCCAAACCCAAGGCGCCGGCCAAGGGCAAGAAGAGCAAGAAGGUGGACUCAGACGAGGAGAUGGACGUCGAGGAAGAUGAAGAUGAAGAGGCCGACGAGGACGAAGAGGACGCCGAUGAAGAGGGCGACGAUGACAAGCCCAAGAAGAAGUCCAAGGCCAAGGCCAAGCCGAAGAAAGACACAAAACCCAAGGUGCUGCGCGAGUCUAAGGACCCGUGGAAGCUCAAGGGCGCGGCGACGAGGGAUUACACGGAGAUGCUGUGCCCGCCGCUCGAGAUGUUCCAUUGGUCGCGCAUCAUCAUCGACGAGUAUACGUACCUUGACGGCAAGGUGUUGUCGAUGAUCUCGAGGUUAACCGGCGAGCGUAUCUGGGUGCUUUCGGGCACGUCGCCUACGAAGGAUUUCCCGGCGCUCAAGACUAUCGCGCGGUUCCUUGGUGUUCAUCUGGGAAUCGACGACGAUGGAGAGAGCAAGGCGGUCCUGAAAAAGCGCAUGAACGAGUACUCCGAGGCGGAGAAGUUCCACUCUUUCCGUGAGGCCCACAGUCUCGACUGGCACGCCCACCGCAACACCAUUGGCCAAAACUUCCUCGAUCGCUUCGUGCGCCAGAACGUCGCCGAGAUCGACGAGAUCAAGUGGGAGGAGCAUUACAUCAAGGUCCAGCUCCCAGCCGCCGAGCGCGCCAUCUACCUCGAGCUCGAGCAUCACCUUCGUUCGCUUGAGAUGACCAUCAAGCGUGUCCGCAAGAACGAGAGUGACCGCGAGAAGCGUCUGGCUAAGUCCAUGGGUGAAUCCAAGACCGCUGAAGAGGCCCUUCUCAAGCGCUGCUCGCACUUCGAACUCGAGACGAAGAAGGAGAACGCCAUGCGCGCCUGCGACUUCAUCGUGAAAGAGCGUACCGAGCAGCUAAAGGAGUGCAAGGAGGACCUCGUCAAGACCAUCAAGAAGGCGCUCGAAAUGGAGAAGGAAGUCGGCAUACGCGAAGGCGAGCCCGAGUCCUUCUUCCGGGAGACUGUCCGCGUCAUUCGCGGUGAGGGUGUCGGCGAUUCCGAGGCCAAGGAGACCGCGGUCGAGCUUCUCGAACAGGCAGGCGUAGGCGCUCGCGCGCCCAAGACUGCUGGGAAGAAGAUGAAGGACUCUGACCGCGCCGAAGCUGCGUGGAAGCUGCGCGAGCAAUCGCACAAUGUUCGCCGUCUCAUCAAGGAGCUUGUCGGCCGCGUACGCUCGUUGCGGUACUUCACCGUCGUUCGUGACCUGCAGAAGCAGAAGGACAAGCCGCCCGUCGUCGACUGCCCUGGUUGUGGUCGUGACGAGGUCCCACUCUCGGAGAUCGCUGUGCUCUCGUCUUGCGGCCAUACGGGUUGCUACACUUGCGUCAAGGAGCGCGCCGUCAAUGACGAGUGUGUCUACGCUGGCCACGCCACCCUCAACUGCCAGUCUCAGGCGCGCGUCAUCAACAUCGUCAAGGGCGAGACGCUCGGCGUUGAUGAGAAGCGUGAUGGCGAGGGCCGUCGUUACGGCGCUAAGCUCGAGCAGGUCAUUGAGUUGCUUAAGGACACAUCGCGGGUCAAGAAGAACGACCGCGUCCUAAUCUUCGUGCAGUUCCCCGAUCUCAUGAAGAAGGUCAACGAUGUGCUAUCCGCUCGCGGUAUUCAGUUCCUCGAGAUCAGGGGCUCUGCCUCUGCGAAGAGCAAGAGCCUCGAGCAGUUCCAGAAUGGCUCCAAGGAGCGUGUCCUCUUGCUCAACGUCAUGGACGAGAGCGCCUCCGGCGCGAACUUGACGGGCGCAAACCACGCCAUCUUCCUCUCGCCUCUACUCACUGAGUCGCAAGAAGAGUACGAUGCGUGCGAGACCCAGGCCAUCGGUCGUCUGCGCCGGUACGGCCAGCGCCAGACCGUGCACAUCUGGCGCUUCGUGACAAUGGACACGAUGGACGUCGAGCAGUAUGAGAAGCGCCGCGGCAAGAAUGUGGAUGAGCUCAUCGCUGCUGCUGCCGCGGCGGCGCCGUCGAAGAUUGUCGAGGUUGUGGAUAGCGACGUGGAGAUGGAAUAG